CGAGGAGGCGCCACCAUCUUUGAGCGGCUAGGCUCUUACCUCCGUUGGUGGCCGCAGGAGGUAGGGAGGUAAGUGGGCUGCUCCGCAUCGCGCCGCCUCCAGUCCCCGGCCGUGCCUCCCUCUCCCGUCCCUCCGCGGGCUCACGAUGCCGCAGUACCAGACCUGGGAGGAGUUCAGUCGCGCGGCCGAGAAACUCUACCUCGCUGACCCUAUGAAGGCACGUGUGGUUCUCAAAUAUAGGCAUUCUGAUGGGAGUUUGUGUAUUAAAGUAACAGAUGAUUUAGUUUGUUUGGUGUAUAGAACAGACCAAGCUCAAGAUGUAAAGAAGAUCGAAAAAUUCCACAGUCAACUAAUGCGACUUAUGGUGGCCAAGGAAUCCCGCAGUGUUGCCAUGGAAACGGACUGAAUGGUUUGAAGUGAAGACUGUUUGUCAUGUUCUUAGGAAGUAAAUAUCUUUUGAAUUUGAGAAAGUGUUGGGACAGAAAAUACUUUAUGUAACUAAGUGGGCUGUUCAGAAGCCAACAGAUCUUUUUUUUGUACUUUGCUUUUUAAUGUUUACUUUAGAGAGCUAGGAAUGUAAAUGCUUUCUGUUAGAAAGCCUUUAUUUAUUUUUGAAAAUUGAACAAGAAAUGCAUCUAUCUUGGAAAUUUUUUGCAGAUUAUUUGGUGUUGGGCAAAAUAAGUAAUUAUCCUCUGGUAAGUUUGGAUCAGCAAUUUGAAAAUGAGAUAUCAAGAAAAGCUAAUUCUUCCUUAAAUUUAGUUAAUGUGUCUUUAAAAGAAAAUUAAAUGUAACCAUUUUGCUGGAUUGAUAUAUUUCUUUUGGAGCAUAGAUUUUGUGCUGUUGAUGACCAGCAGAUAUAAAAUAUGAUAACUGGAAUUAACUACACAGCAGUAUACCUGGUGAUACAUACAAGCGUAGUUUCAACUAUAUCUAAAAGUAAGUAUGAAAACAAGUAUGCUUUACCUUAAACUUUACAAAUUUAAACUAUAUUUUUAAAUACAAGAGAUUCAUAGUAUCAACUUGUUGAGCAAAGACUUACUUUGAAUCUAGUUUUCAGUGCUCAGAAAUAUCUGCAGUUAUUUUAAAUGCAUGAAGAGAAUGAUCACUAAUGGACUGAAACCACCGUAUUACAGAAAUAUUUGCCAAUUAUUUGCCACCUAUAUUUCCUCAGAAGGGCUACGGACUAUCUGAACUGUUAAAUCUUUGAAUACCUCUGACACCCCUGCCCAGUUCUCUCUUUACUUAACCAAGGUGUUAAGCAUGACUGUCACAACUGUUAUGUUUUCCAUUAAAUCAGAAGUAUAUUACUUGAUACUUAUCUUAUAUUUGUAACCUGAAUUUUACCACCUAAAUGUUCACAUUUGAUUCCUAUAUUAGAAUAUUUUUUGUUAGGAAUUCGUUGUGUUGACCAGCGUUUUAAUGGGGAAAGUUCCAUUAGCCAUAUAAAUUUUGGUGUUUCAGAGAGGUCAGCAAAUAAACUAUCACAUGAGUA